UUAGUGUGGGUACAGCUUGCAUGUGCCUUCCGCUAUGGCAGAGAGGAUCUGGAUGUGAUUGGAGUUUCCUUCAGAAAAGACAUCUGGAUAAAGCGCAUUCAGAUGCAUCCCUUUGAGGGAACCAAGCCCCCAAACACACCAAUCCAGGAUGCGCUUUUGAAGAAAGUUGGAGACCAAGGACAUCCCUUCACUUUUGAUAUUCCAGUACAUCUCCCAUGCUCAGUGUCCCUUCAGCCAGCACCAGAGGAUGCCGGGAAGCCUUGCGGGGUUGACUAUGAAGUCAAAGCCUAUAUUGCAAAUGAAGAAGACGAGACAGAUGAAAAAGUUGAAAAGAAGGACACUUGUCGUUUGAUUAUACGUAAAAUCCAGUAUGCACCAAAUGAGCUAGCAGCAGGACCCAAAACCGAUCUCAACAAACAGUUUAUCACUGCAGACAAACCAAUUCACGUGGAGGCCUCCAUGGAGAAAGAGCUCUACUAUCAUGGAGAUCCCAUUCCUAUCAAAGUGAAAGUGAAUAAUGAGACCAGUAAAGUAGUGAAGAAAAUCAAAAUCAGCAUUCACCAAAUUACAGAUGUACUGCUGUACUCAUACAAAAAACACAAAAAAUGUGAACAAACCCCUUUUUGUAACAGGGACCAAAUUAAUGCAAACUCCACCUUUGAGAAGGAAUAUAGAGUCACUCCUCUGCUUGCCAGUAACAAAGAGAAACGUGGUCUUGCAUUGGAUGGCAAACUGAAAGAUGAAGACACCAACCUGGCUUCUUCAACAAUUCUGCUACCCAACAUGGAUAAACAAAUGCAAGGCCUUGUUGUUUCCUACAAAAUUAAGGUUACCCUCAUGAUGGGAGGUGGUCUCUUGGGAAGCCUAACAUUAAGUGAUAUUACAGCUGAACUCCCCCUGGUUCUGAUGUCACCUAAACCAGCAGAAGUGACUGAUAUCAGCCUUGAAUAGAAUACAGCCAGUGAUGGAGAGGAGCAAGUCAGAAGGAGAGACACUCAGGAAUAGAUGCAGAUUCCAAACAACCUCAUUUCAUGAGCCAUAGACUAUAGACCCUAGCUGCAAAUAUCUGUAAAAGAAAUUAGCUGUAUAAUGUUAAACAUGGGCUAAAAGCCUUGUACACUAAGAUGAACCCACUGACACUGAAACCAAGCUUGGUCUGAUGCUGAUGUUGUAAUGUUUAUUACUUCUGCCUUUAUCAUGGGAUCUCAGAUUAAUAAUGUUUCAAUUUCUUCUCGUGUGUGAAUGUAAAAUAUAAAGGAGUAAUGAACAACUUUAAAUGUAUUAUAGUUAUAUUAAAUUGUAUUUUGUUUUUGAUUUUUUUUCUUUCUGUGGUGAUGGUGGAAAUUAAUAAACAUUGGACUGUUAUUUGGACCACUA